UUAUAUUAUUCUUUAGGAUCCCAAAAACUGUUGGCUGCCUUUUCGUUGCGCCAGAAUCUGCGGCAGCUGAUGAAGAUAUCGAAGCCAAGCAUUCAUCUGAUACCCUGCCUGCAUGGCAUACGCUGUCUGACCAUCAUCUGGAUCAUCUGGGGGCACGACUACAUGUUCCUGCUGCUGGCGCCCAAUGUGAACAGCUACGAGGUUAUCGCCUGGGCGCAAACGCCAUUCUCGAUGAUAUUGCAGAGCGGCACCAUAGCCGUGGACACGUUCUUCUUACUCAGCGGAAUGCUGCUCGCGAUGUCCACGCUGCGCGAGCUGGAUCGUCGUGCGGGUCGCCUCCAUGUGCCGCUCAUGUAUCUGCAUCGCAUCGUGCGCCUCACACCUGUGCUGGCCAUCGCAGUGCUCUUCCUAAUGACGCUGUUCCCUCGCCUGGACAGCGGGCCGCUCUGGCAGCAGUUCACCAGCUCCUCGCAGCUGUGCUACGAGACCUGGUGGGCGACGCUGCUCUACGUCCAGAAUUAUGCUGCAGCGGGUCGCAUGUGUCUAGGUCAUGCCUGGUAUCUGGCCGUGGACAUGCAGCUGUUUCUGCUCUCCCCCCUGCUCCUCUGGCCCCUCUACCGUUGGCGUCGUCGCGCUGUGGCUGGAAUUGUCCUGCUGAUUGCGCUGCUCUUCGGCUGCGUCUUCAGCAUCAUAAUGCUGAAUAAGCUCGCCGUCUUCAAUCGCAAGGGAAAUCUGGGCGCCGACAGCUUGGAGAUGCGCAUGAUCUACUAUACGACCCAUGCCCGUGCCAUGCCCUGGCUGAUCGGGCUGCUCUUUGGCUGCUUUCUGCACGGCGAGCAGGGCCGUCGGCACCGUCUCUCCACGUGGCUGAUGCUGUUGCUCUGGCUGCUGGCGCUGCUCUUCAUUGCGACGGCGAUCUGGAGCGUCUAUCCCUAUACGCGGCCAGAUGCCGCUGAGAUCACGCCCCUGGCUGGCGCGUUCUAUUUGUGCUGCAGUCGCAUCGCCUGGCCCCUGGCCAUCUGCUGGCUCAUCUGGGCCUGCCAGAGCGGCCGUGGCGGCAUGGUCAACACCCUGCUCAGCUGGUCGUUCUGGCAGCCGAUAUCGAAGCUCUCCUACUGCCUCUACAUCUGGCAUCUGCUGAUCGAGAUGGCCAACACGGGCCGCAUCAAGAGCAGUCUGCAUUUCUCCAACUAUGAUGCAAUUCUCCACUUUUGGUCAGACUUUGGCAUUACGUUGCUCGUCUCUCUGCUCAUGUAUCUCUGCGUGGAGGCGCCGUUUGUUCAAGUGGAGCUGCACUUUAUACGUACGCUACGUUCACGUGCCACGCCCACCGCGCCAAAGCCCCAUCCGGUGAGGCCCACCGUGUCACUGGCCGUCAUCGCCGCGCCCACGAGCAUCUCACAGCAAAAUCUAGUCGAGGCUUAGGCCAAAAAGUCACGCAAAUCGGGGCAAAUCUUGAUGAUAUUCUCAUUGCGCUGG